CCCUCAGAAAUGCUAGAGCCGUUUUUUCGAAAAUCCAAAGGCCCCCCCUUUGGACCCCCAAAACCUCAUAUAAACGCGAAAACUGAAGGAGUCGCCAACUACUGCAGUAGACAACGCCAGCAAGGGUGUGCAUUUAGCUGCUUUAGGGAGACCCCCAAAUCCAAUUGGGAUCCGAAGAGAAUGGUCCUGGAUACCUGGGCCAGGAUUGUCGCUAGGAUGUCCUGUGGAUAUGACCUACUGAGGGAGCUCCUCUACAUGGAUUGCAAGUGCAGUGGGAGGCCGAGUGUUGGAGGGGAGAAGGCGACACCAACCACGGCUGGAGAGCUGGGUUCCAUUCCGAAUGCCGCUGUUGACCUGGGAGGAUUUGGCUGGCCCUAG